AAAAGACAGGUGAGGUUAAGGGUGUUAGCAUUGCACCACGUCGCGUCAGUGUUGGUGGUGGGGGAGGGCAGUAUGCAAGCACCCCCACCCUGUGCCGCGGACUCCUCCAUCACCCCAGUCUCCGCCCCACUACCACAGUGCACGGCCACGCUCCCUCCAACCUCCAGCUGGGUGCCCGUGCCUGAACUCCACGCCUCCCACACACAAGUGUUGUGGAUUAUGGUAACCAGGUUGUGAAGGGGUUAUAUGGAGCAGACGCCCAAACCCGCCUCAAGACGCCAGGACUUUGUAUAGGGACAAAAUAAUCAGCGUACGACGCAGAUAUCGUUUUUGGCAGUCUAGCGGCGGCUCCGCAGUGCAAUCACCGAGACAGGAGGCACCGCCAACACGACGCAAGACGCACUACAAACAUAAUGGGGUUCUCCACUAGCAUGGAGGGCCCUGAUCCCCGCCUCGAUCCUGACUCCCGGCGUAUCUCGGAUGCUGGCGAGGCCAAAACCAGUGCAGAUAUGGCCCAUAUGAAGGACACAACCCAAAGUAGUAGCAUUAAUGGCCAACGUGAGGUGGAUCAGUGCAGCUCGAGCGACGGUGUGGGCAAAACUAUCGCUGUGGUAGAUACUAAUGACAUGGCCGAAGCCAGUGACAAUAACAACGUGGACAUGUUCCCCGCCAGUGACAGUGUAGCUGUGUUUGUGGCCACUGAUAAUGCCAAAAUGAGCAUGGAAACAGUAGGCGAGGAUUUCCAUGCCGUCGGCGGCAACCAAGCUUUAUUAACAACAGACGAUAACAAGCAAGACUCCUCGACAGCAGCAAUUGGCAACCAAGAUUCUUUAACACCAACACCUAGCAACCAAGAGCAAGUUGCAGUAUCCAAUAGCAAUCACGAUGCAUCAGCCCCAAUUAAUAGCAACCAAGAUUCCUCAGCACCAGUCGGUAACGACGAAGCAACAACCACUGAUAGCCAAGAUACUUUAGCGGCAACAAAUACUGAUAAAGAUUCCUCAGUAGUAUUCAUCAACGACAACCAAAGUUUCACAGUAGCAUCAACCAGUGACAACCAAUCGCCAAUUACAACCAGUCCCAUCCAGACCACAGCUACCAUCACUACCCAAAACGUGGCAAAAGAAAACGAGAAUAAUGAUCAGAUGGAGGGAGGGGAAACGGCAGAAAACCACAGCAUGAAUGAGGGGUGGAUGUGGGGGAAUGUCGAGGACUGGGAGACUGAUGAGGUGAGGAACCACAACUAUUUAGGAAAGGAGGAGGAGGAGGAGGAGGAACGACUUCGCCUUAGGGAGGAGGAAAGAUGCCGCAUCAUAGAGGAGGAAAAGGUAUUAUGGCUGAAGGAGGUGGAGGACAAGGAGGCGUAUGUGCGGACCAUGAACCCACAGUACCACAGCCUUGACCUGUGCUCCACCAGCCCCAUCCAAGAGUCGCACCUCAGACGGGCUCUCACCCACCUCGCCAGGAGGUGGCCGUGGUGGCGCCUGCGUCUGAGGCGUCGAGGGGCCUCACAAACUCCCUGGCUGUGCACGGAGCCUCUCCAACCUCUGCACACACAGAUAGCAGAGAGUGACGAGUGUAAAUGGAGCACCAUGGAAGAGAUCCAGACCCAGCACAAGUUCCUUUGGGGCGGCCCCCUCUGUACCGCCACCCUCCUGGGCAACUCCCACACGCCCGACACCGACCCCGCCAGUCUUGGUACUGCGGCAGCUGUUGACACACCUCCAGUCAUUGAUGGCACUGUUGACACUAUCCUCGUCACUGCGAGUACAAAUGACGCCACCCUAACGACCUCCAGUAAUAGUGCCGACGCCACCCUGACGACCUCCAGUAAUAGUGCCGACGCCACCCUGACGACCUCCAGUAAUAGUGCCGACGCCACCCUGACGACCUCCAGUAAUAGUGCCGACACCACCCUGACCUCGGGUGAUACAGUGGCUCCAUCCUCUUGCAUUACUCCGGUCAACAUGUACACAUACCAACUAUUAUUAGGUGUUCCCAAACCCUUCGCCGAAGAGUCAAGCAUUGUGAAGAUCUGUGACACACUUGUUCAACUCCUGGACGAUGUAAUGGCUGAACGCAUUACUACUGACGAUGUGCAGCGGGUGCCAGAGUGUGCCUCAGAGACGGAGUCACAGAAGACUGAGUAUGACCCACACCUGGAGGUUAUGGCGAGUCUACAGUGUGUCUGUGGCACGAUUGGUAACAAUGCUGAUAUUUUCUCUGGCAACAAUAAUGGCGAAGUAAAUGAAGAUGACGAGAACAGCUUCACCGAAAGAACUAUCGAGCAACUAACCAGUCAGAAUUUUAUAAACAAGUGUAAGGCCAAGCGAAUCAGUUACUUAAGUGCUUUUGUAACGUGUGUGAGUGCUGCGGCUGCCAAUCUGAUACUGGAAGCCGGGGCUGGGCCAGAGUGUGGAAGUAUAGACGUCGACCACAGAGUUUUUGUUCACUACAAUUGGCCAGAGCCGCGUUACGAGUGGCAUGACAACUUUGGUGACAAUGACAACAAUGGCAGUGGCGUGCCACCAGAACGUCCCGCAAUCAAUAUUAAAGUGAAGCCAGAGGAAUGGAACACAAACUUCUGGAGAACAGCAAAAUCUGUCUACAUGCAGCAGUGGGAGAUUAAUAAGGGUCACAGAUCUAACACAUUGAAAAUACCUCUGAAUCUAGAUGUUGAGGACGGUGAGGAGGAGGAGCAGCUCCCAUGUCGGUUCCCUAAUGUCGACCUCUCUAUAUCUAACAUCCGCCAGGAGGACUCUGGGCUGUUCAACAGGCGCGGAGAGCACCUCAUGGCCUCGGGCCUCAACACACUCUCCCCCCUGCAUCAUUUCCUCUUCACACACCACAUCAACCUCCAAGUUCACGAGGAAUCGAGUAGUUUACGCUUCUACAUUAAUCAGACCACUCUCUUUCUUUCCUCGGCCAUAGGACGACGCUUUGCAGAUGAAAUAGAAUCUGUUGUGAGAAAGUCCCUCAAAUACCGGUAACAAAGAUUAUUACAUAGACGUGAGGCUUGUGUAUGAGAGGCUUAACAUAUGUAAAAGUGUCAAUGUGCAUGAAUCAGUUUUACUGUACAUGUAAUUUUAUGAACAGAAUAUGCAAAUUCUGUCUGCUGUUGCCUCAACAGUAAAUUUUAACCAGUAUACAUAUAUAACCUAUACAGUUAUGUCUUCCCUGACUAUCUGCCUUCCCUAUCCUUCACCCAGUCUUUCCUCUCCUAAAUGACGAUUUUCUAAUAACAUAAUAUAGGCUUUUGCUGUGAAUUUUAUUACGGAUAUUUGCCAUAAAUGAACAAAUAAUACUUUGUGGCGACCAGUCCCUGUGAAGGCAGAGGCUGCCUGCCUUGGAGGUUACAGUAAACAGGACGUUUUACGCACCUGCUGGGCAGCACUAGUCUUUCUAUAUUAGAAAGAUCUUAAUUAUGUUGAAUUCAGUGAAUGUUGUAAUGUAUUCUAGUCACCGAUAAAAUGUUACACAAAAGAUUAAAGUGAUCUUGACGUAAGGCAAUGUUUCCUGCCCAGGAAUAAUGUCUCAUAUUAGUAGGUUUAUUUUAACCGUAUACUGUGAUAUUGCACCAAACUUGUUUCAUUUUAGCUACGCUUUCGUGCCCCAAAAAUUGCGCUCAGACUCUUCAUAUCUUCACAAGUUAUGGCUCGGGAAUGUUGGUUUAAAUUCCAAGUGAGCGGAGCAAAGAGUUCGGUGCUUCAUGCGCCCAGUGGUGCGCCUUUAUUAUUUUACUAUUGUUUAUUUGUACUAAUUUGAAUUAAAAAAUUAUAUUUUUACUAAUGAUUUAAUUAAAAUAUUUAUAUUGUUACCGUGAUAUUAGACAUUUGGUAUGUACUCGCCUAGAUGUGCUUGAAGGGUCGAGCUUAGGCUCCUAAUUUUUUUUUUUUUUUUUUAAUAAUGCAGACUUGUUUCUCACGCGUUUAUAUUUACAUUUAAAACUUUGUAACUGAUUAGCCUCAACGACUUCUAAGUUUAACCUGUUCAAAUUUUUGACAGCUCUUACACUGAAAGUUCUUGCUGAUGUCCGACUCAUUUGCGUCUCUAAAGUUCCAUCGAUGACACCUCGUUCUGCUGUUACUAGCUUUGAGCAAUACUUUUUUUCUACGAAAACUUCCCUUAGAACCUUUAAUAUUAUAUCCCCCCCCCCCUCUCCCUCUCUAGUGUGGCAAGGUUUACUUCUUACUCCAUAACUCAAUCUUUUUUAGCUCAGGAACGUACCUGUGUUGAGGGGGCUUGAAUGUCGCCAAAUCUUUGACCAAAGAUUUAUUAUAAAAUUUACUGUUUAUACACACUGUACGUACGUAUAUAUGUCACGCCACACAUUGUAUAUAAUAAAUUAUUUUAUAUCGGGA